CCUAGACAAGGAGGCGGGAUUUGUCUUAAUACGGGUGGGGGGAAAAAUAACGCUAAGAAAGUGCAGCAUUUCCCUGGUCAGAGGUUAAGGGUUAAAAACAAAAUGGCGGCGGCCAAACGUGUGCUUUAUGUCGGUGGUUUAGCAGAAGAAGUGGAUGAGAAAGUGUUACAUGCAGCGUUCAUUCCAUUCGGCGACAUUACGGAUAUUCAGAUCCCUCUGGAUUAUGAAACUGAGAAGCAUCGUGGUUUUGCCUUCAUCGAGUUCGAGCUUGCUGAGGAUGCUGCAGCGGCCAUUGAUAACAUGAAUGAGUCAGAGCUCUUUGGUCGCACCAUCAGAGUGAACAUCGCCAAACCCAUGAGGAUUAAAGAGGGCUCGUCUCGACCUGUCUGGUCUGAUGAUGAUUGGCUGAAGAAGUUCUCAGGGAAGACGACAGAGGAGGCUGAGGAGGCGGAGCCAGCUGGAGAAGCGACCAAAACCACGACCCAGGAGGGUGAGCCACCGGCUAAGAAGGGCAGAGCGAACCCACAGGUCUACAUGGACAUUAAGAUCGGUAAUAAACCUGCAGGAAGACUGCGCAUGUUACUCAGAGCUGAUGUGGUGCCCAUGACUGCAGAGAACUUCCGUUGCCUGUGUACACACGAGAAAGGCUUCGGCUUCAAGGGCAGCAGCUUCCACCGAAUCAUCCCUCAGUUCAUGUGCCAGGGAGGAGACUUCACCAACCACAACGGCACCGGCGGCAAAUCCAUCUACGGACGCAAGUUUGACGACGAGAACUUCGUGCUCAAACACACCGGCCCAGGUCAGCUCUCAAUGGCGAACUCUGGAUCGAACACAAACGGCUCACAGUUCUUCAUCACCUGUGACAAAACGGACUGGCUGGAUGGCAAACACGUGGUGUUCGGAGAGGUGAUGGAGGGCAUGGACGUGGUGCGGGCCAUGGAGGCUCAGGGAAGUAAAGAUGGCAAACCCAAACAGAAGGUGAUUAUAUCUGAUUGUGGGGAGUACGUCUGAGCACCUGCACCUGCGGAGUGUGUGUGUGCGGCAUGUGUGUUUUGAAUGCCAGCGUGAGGUGUUUGUGUGAGUGUGUGUGUGUGUGAGUGACUGUGUUUGUGCAUAUUGUGGGAACAGCGUCACAUCACUCAACUCAGUCAAACUCUUCUGCAACAGUUGCUUCUUUUGUAUGAUGGAUUUGUAAAUAUCUAAUAAAUUUUUAUAAUGAAAGUUGCCUUA